AUGUAUAUGUGUUUGUGUGUUAUUUGAAAUUCCAGUUAAUUGCUAAUUAAUGGAAUUUUCUUAUUAUUGAUUGCUUUUAAAAGAAAUCAUUCAAUUAAUUGUGCUAAUUAUAAAGAAAGUGUGAAAUAUAUAAAAAUUAUAUUCAUUUUUAACAUUUUGUUGUUGCUGCCCAGACGGCAGAGCAGCAGCUGAAGGCGGAAGCAGCGCAGUCGCAGCUGAGUGAAAAAUAAAUAGAUUCACAAAUAAUAAUGUUGUUGCUUAAGUGCUCGCAUACAAUUAACAAAAAAUAUCAUUAACAAAAGUGGAGUUGACUACUGCGACAACAACAACAACAACAACAAUAAUAAUAACAAUAACAGCAAAACUUAUUUUGGUCUCGCUUUUAAAACCAAAAUGGCAACGUGAGGAAACGUGAAGCGAAAACAAAAAAUUUGAAAAAUAUUGAAAAAGCAACAACAAUCUAAGGCUUAAAAUGGGCACAUAACAAAUAGCAGCAACAACAAGUGUAACUAAAGCUUUAAGCCCAGCAGAAGCAAUAAGAGAAGAAGAAGAAGAAAAAUAACAACAACUGUAGUAGCAAAAAAAAAAACAAAGCACGCAAAUUGCAGCAACAAUUUUGAAGCGCAGCGAAUCGAAGAAUCUGUUCGAGAGCGAGCGAGAGGAUGAUAGUCGGCAUUAUGCGCCUCGCCAAUUGCUAUCUGUCUUUCCACUGGGCAUUGGGCCUCUGUCUGCUGUUGUUUUGGGCAACGACAUCGACGCAGGCACGUGUUAUUGCAAAAAGAGAAACGCCCAAUGGGGAUAUGGGCGUGGCAGUCGUUGUUGCCUCUGCAACUGACCCUGACAUUGUUAAGCUCAACAGCGAAAGUGUCAACGGAUCGGAUACAACAACAACAACUAUCUACAAUGACAACCUAAAGAGAGCAGAGCAAGAAGAAUUGACUUCCACAACAUCCACAACAACAGAGACGGCUAAGCUUGCAAUGAACUCCACUGUAAUUUCCACAGUGCCAGCAAAUGUGGAUGCCAUUAAGCUUGUGGAUGCUAUUCAAUCGCAUGCAGAAGAGAAGCAAGAGCAUGAGCAUACAACAACAGCACAGCUUAAGCUGGAAACUGUGGAACCGUUAAAGUUUUCGGAGGAUUCAAAGCUUGUAAUAACUAAUUUAACAAUAACUGCAGAUGCUCAGGAGCAACAACAACAAAUGGAAUUGGAGCUGACAACAGCAUCAACAACAACCACUAGCAGCACCACAGAAGCAAUAAAAGAUACAACAACAACAACAACAGCAGCAGCAACAACAACGAAAGCGAGCUUAGCAUCCACUCAACGCUCUGAGGAUCAUGCACGUUCCAUGCAAUUUGCCAGCAGCACUGAAAGCUUUACGUUCGUUUCGCCUGUAACGCCCAUGAAGCUUCGACCACUUCCAAUGACAACAACAACUACGACACAUACAACAACAACACAUACACCACAGCUGCUGGCAGCACUGUUGCAUGCCGGCGUAACGGUCACGCCGAGAGAGUCGCAUGAGAAUGCCAUCGAAGAGGAGCAGCUGCAUCCGCAACCUGAGAAGCGUGCGAAAUUCAUCAGCGAUAAUUCGACAAAUGCACAACAGCUGACGCUGCCCAAUGCAGCAGAGGUGUGGAGUCUGGCGGCCAUGAAAAUGGUGCCAUCCACAACAACAACAACAACAACCACAUUGCCACAGACUGUCAAAGGCACAGAGCUAAACAACGAUAUUGAGACGCAUCAGGAUAAAAACCAAACGAUGCAGCAUAAGGAAAAAAAUCUAUUGGAUUGGCAACAGAUUAUGAUGAUGCAAACGAGUCAGGAAAAUCGCACAGAGGCAAUGAUGAGCACCACACUAGAUGCCACUGAGGCUGCUACACAAGCGACAACAUUGAAAUUGGAUGCAAUGGAAACAUCUGCCAGCAAUGCUGUAACUGACAGCACUGUAAAUAAGAGCGAAGAGAGCAAUAUGUUAAAUAUGGUGAGCGCAGCUGUUAAGCUACAGGAUGAUGAGCAGGCACCCACACCAACAACAGAAGCCUCAACAGAUGCAUUAACAGAUUUAACAAAAGCAAAGCCAGAGUUAACAGAAACAGAAGAGAAGGUGGAAUCAAUAGAAACAGUGAAUGCAACUGCUAAAUCAGAAUUAACAGAGCUCUCAAAGCUCAGCUUACAAGCAGUUGAAGGCGCUGUAACAGUAGUAAAUUCUGUAACUACAACAGAGGCUGCUACUAUUGCAACAACAACAACAACAACGCCUGCUAGUCUGACAACAGCUGAGCCAGUAAUUCCAGCAAUAACAACAACAGCCACAACAACAACAACGGGCAUGCCAAGUGCGUUGAACGCCACCCCCAAUCCCAAUUCCAAUACGAAUGAAAUGGCAAUGAAGGCGACGGCACAUGAAAAUAAUGAAAACGGCGAUAAAGCCAACGACGUCGACAGCGGCAGCGAGAGAGCCGACGUCAUCAACGUCUCAGUCUCAGUCUCAACGACCGAAACGACGCUGGCGGCAACUGAGAGUCAGCCAAUAACAGUUAGUACGCGAACAGCUGGCGAAGUGAGCACAACACCGACUACGACGACGACGACGUCAACGCCAACGUCGACGCCGAAAAUAUUGCACGCAAAGGUUGAUGAACAAUUAGCAGCGAGUACAACAACUUUGGCAACGCCAACGCCAACGGAAAUCAACCAAAUUAGCAAUGAAGUGAAUUUAGAAACAAUUACAGUUAAAAAUGUGACAAAAGACAAUAACAAUAACAAUGAGUUUACAAGUGUCAACAACAAUUUAUUGAUAACAACAACAACAAGCAGCACUGAGAAACCCAAUUACAGUGCUGCUAACAGUGAGUCGACGCUGGAAAUCAAUAAUAACAGUACUGCAAAUAUUCUAACAACAACAACAAUAACGUCGCUGUUAACAGAUGAGAAAGCUAACAGUAAACUGAAUGAGCAUGAAACUUCGCUGGAAACGAAUAAUAUAAGUGAAACAGCUGGAACAGCGCCAAUAAGAACAACAACAAUUGCAGUUGAAAUAGUGCCAACAACAGAAACAACAGCUGCACUGAAAGAAAGCAAGCUAACAACAACAACAGCAGCAGCAGCAACAACAACCACAAUAACAUCAACAGCUGCAAAGGGUGAGUCUGAGUUUUAUGAGGAUGAAGAUGAGCAACAACAAAUUGAUCACGAUCGAGAUGCAGAUACAGAGGAAGCGUUGCUAGCCAAAACCAAUAUGGCGAACACAACAACAACAACCACCACAACAACAUCCACAACAACAACAGGUGCGCCAAGAACAACAACCACUGAGGAGCCGCUUAUCAGUUUGCUGGAUGAUAGCACCACCACAACCACUAGCUCUACCACUACAACAACAGCAACUACUACUACUACAACAACAACCACACCCAGACCAACAACGACAACAACAACAACAGCUGAGCCCAUUUACAGCUCCACCACCACCACCGACAACAACAACAACAACAACCACAUCAUCAUUAACAGUAACAACAUGCUGCCCAUAGAAAGCAACACUGAAGCAAGUGGUGCGACAUUAGGUUUACCCACCACAAUGUUAAUGCCCCCACAUCCCACCGAUCAUAUGGAUCACAUGCAACAACCACAUGGCAACACGGGCACCGAUGUUAACGUCAUCAUUGCGAUAACAGUGAGUGUUAUUGGAGUCGUAGCCCUCAUCCUGCUGGUGGCAUUCCUCUAUUUAAUGCGCAAGCGACAGAAGCAGAUGUCAUAUGGACAGCGUUGUCGCCCCGUCAGCCUGGAUGCCUAUUCCCUGGACAAUGUCUCCGUUUUGGGCAGUGUACGACGCAAAGGACGCGAUCUGCGCGCCUCCAAACGCACCUAUGGCAAUGCCGCCUUCGAUGAUCCCUCGUUGCGUCACAAUCUCGUCAGUGCCACAGAGUUGGGCAAGUUUCUGGAGCGACGAUCGAGCAUCUUUGAGGAGUUCAGGGAUGUGCCGCAGAUAAUUGCAAGAGCCGAUGAAGUGCCCGCGGGAUGUGAGGAUAAGAAUCGCUACGCUAACGUAAUUCCGCUUCCUGAGACGCGUGUGGUGCUGCAGCGACAGGGAGAUGAUGACAAAACGGAAUACAUUAAUGCCAAUUAUGUGCGGGGGCCUCGAGAUGCGCCAAAUUAUUAUAUUGCUUGCCAGGCGCCGUUGGAGAGUACGACUGGAGACUUUUGGCGCAUGAUUUGGGAGCAGCAGUCUCGGGUGAUUGUACAGGCAACAGAUCUGAAUGAGAAUGGCAUUGAGCGUUGUGCGGAGUAUUUGCCGCCCUCGGUGACGCUGGAUAAUCACAGCAGCUAUGGGGAUUAUCAGGUAACGCUGAAGCACCGCGAGGUCAAGGAUAAAUAUGCGAUAUCGACGCUGAUGCUGAAGCGUGUGGAUGGCGAUGAAUGCCGUGAGCUGACGCACUAUUGGUACAAGUGGCCAGAGGCGGGUGUGCCCCUAGAGGAGGCACCCAUUAUAGCCAUGCUUCUGGAGGCAAGAUCAUCCCUCAAGUCGUACGCCCUUGAGCAGGCCAAUGAGCUGAAGGAGAAGUCGUCGACAUUGCCGCUGAAAUCCCUGGAGACAGCGCUGGACAACACUGAAGAGACAAAGAAACCGGAAGAGGCGGGAAGCACCUCGAGCGGUGCAAGCAAUGAGAUUAACGGCAAUGUGGCCAACAAGCAACAGACACGCAGUCAACAGGGACCGCUAACCAUUCACUGCUCCCCAGGCACGGGACGUACUGGCACCAUCAUCGCCUGUGACAUGGCCAUACGCAGCCUGGAGACGCCAAAGCGUUCCGUGGACAUACCACAGCUGGUUUACUAUGUGCGACGUGGACGCGCCAGCGCCGUGCAGACCAAGGAGCAAUACGAAUUUAUCUAUAAGGUGGCCAAUAUGUAUGCGACCAAAAUCACAAAUCUGUCAAAUGAUAACUGACACUGCUGAGUUCAGUUUUAGAAUGUAUAAUCAAGUCCUUAUAUACGCGCUGUAUCCAUAUAAUAGUCAUAGUCCAUAUAUGUAUUUAUCUUUAUAUACACACAUAUACAGAUUAUAUAAAUUAAUAUAUUAGAUAAAAGUUUAUUAGGUAUUAAUCGAUCGAUAAAACAUGCAAUUUUCAAUUGAAUUUGCGCACCAGGAGAAUAAUUUUUUUUGUGUUGUGCUUGAAAUUUCAUUUAAGAUGUAUGUAUUCCUUUAUUAUUGUGAUAUAUUCGUACAUUUGUAAAUCUCUUAAAUAAUCUGUUGCAUAUUUAUAAUAAGUCUUUGUUUUUUGCGAGU